UGUGUGACCAACGGCCUUCUGGCAAAGUGCAAACAGCUCCUUAAUGACAGCAACGACUUCACUGCCCUCCGAGCCACAAAUAAGUCAACAUGGAUGAGGUAGUGCAUACUCUCAGAAAGAUCGAGGAGAACUCCAAGCUCUUCCAGCAGCAGCAGUUCACAUUUAUCAGAGCACUGGAACGCACGCGGGAGGAAGCCCAUGAUUUGGUCAAACCUGUGUCAUCCAUAGUCCAGGUGCAGUUCUACAAGGAACGCAACUGUUACAAUUCCACCGACAGGCGCAUCCUCAACAUGUUCAUCUCCAUCUGCAACGAUCUCCGCCACCUCUGCCACAAGAUGGAAAAGGUGCAUCCUGGGGACUGUGUGACCAACGGCCUUCUGGCAAAGUGCAAACAGCUCCUUAAUGACAGCAACGACUUCACUGCCCUCCGAGCCACCUACCCCCACGAUGUUGUGAACUACCUGCGCUUAGAAGAGGAAGCAAAGAAUCGUUAUGGAGGGGUGGUGAGCCUCAUCCCCAUCGUUAUGGACACCAUGAGGGAGUGGAUAACCUACACUAAGCGGAACAUGCUGCAUGACGUGAGUCAUGCAUGUGCCACAUGCAAGGAGACACCCACUUCCCAAACAGCACCUGCCAGGCACGCUGCAGCUCAGACCUCCAUUAGUAAUAAAAAUGCUGUACAGUUGCAGGACAGAGAAUGCUCGAAGUGCAGAUAUGAAGACCCACGUUUGAAAAAUAAAGCUCCCUGGAGGCCACCAGGCAAACACCCAUAUUAAAGGAUGCAUUAAAGCUGCUACAUCAUCUGAGCACCACCUUUAACCACCUGGCUGAUUAAACACAGUGAAAUGAACACUUGAGAUCCAUCCUGAGUCCACUUUCUGAAGAGCUGCCCUGCAGCCACAGACGCAUUUGCUCUCCCUUGCUGAGAUUUCCACUCUGCUGCUCAUGUCCCCACAGAAGGAGCUGUAGCUACAGCUGCUGCCUGGGGCCAGCACUGCACUGGGAGCAGGGAACACUCAGCACUCAUCAGGUUCUACUGUCUCCUACAGGAAUCUUGGACAAGUUACUUGAAAUAGGAUUUUACACUUUCUCAGCCUUCUUUGUGAGGAACAUCCCCUCCCUGCCACAGCCAGCGGGGUGAAGAACUUGCCUAUCUGAAGGAUGUGAUACAGAGCAGGAAAGGCCUGGCAUUAUGGGUUAGACAGGUCUUAGACUUGUCUCUAAA